UCAGGACAAAGAAUCUUCAUUUCUGUGACAUGGACACCAGUAGAAGAAGGAAAAGUCCGAGAACUGAUAACUUUUGUUGUUAAUGGCAUUGUAAAGCAUCAAGCUGUGCUCCUUGGGGCUGCUGAGCAGCCCCCGAAGAAAAAGAGGAGUCUUUGGGAUACAUUAAAAAAGAAAAAAUCUUCAGAAACAUCUGCUGGAAUUAAAGUUAAAAAAAGUACUUCAGAAAUUAAGUAUGUUAAUAAAACAUUCCAAGUUUCUCAGAAGGUGGAUAGACUUAGAAGUCCACUUCAGUCAUGUGAAAAUCAGAAUGCAGUACACAAUGACACAUCCCCAGGAAAAGACCCUCUUGUUGGCUCAGAAAAUGCAUUGCCCAUAUCUCCUAUUGCUCCAGUGCCAGAGGAACAACGUAGCACUGUUUGCACACCAGUUGCAAUGAGAAGAUCUACUACAUUUGCAGAUAUUGCUGCCUCUGUAAAUGAGGAGUUGCUCCCUGAAAUAGAGAGCCAUAAUAUCAGGAGAUGUGUUAAUGAACACAAUGAAGUGCAAUCUGCGAGUGCCUACAGUUCUGGAUUAGCUCAACUGCCAAUUUCAAACAAUGGAGCUGUUCUCAAUUACACUCUCUCACCAGUUUGCACCCCGGAGCACUCACCAUCUGUGCCCCUUUUAAGUACAAGGAGAAUUUUAAGUCCUGAUACUUUUGUAAAUAACAAUUAUCAAGUGGGUGUAGAAAUAAUAGAGCAGCCUUUUCCAAUUCUGUCCCCUGAUCAGUUUGUGAAAGAGAACUUGUCACAUAAGCAAUCAAAGACUCCUAAACCUGAGGCAGCUUUAAUAUCAUCUACCACAGAGACUUAUGUUGUAAAGAGAUUUCUACCCUCAAGAUGGAAGAAAGAUGAAUAUGUAGAGACAGAAAGACAUGUUCACAUAGAACACAAGUGCAGUGAAGUCUUUGAGGUGCAUAACGUGGAAUCACAGGUACUUCAUUAUGACAAACCCGAAGAAAAUCACUGCAGCAUUCCUUCUACAGUGGGACUUCAGACUGACAAUUCUUCUCGGAGAGAACAAACAAAAAAGCGACCGAUUCUUUCUGCCACUGUCAUAAAAAGGAAACCUGGUGCUACUGAAGAAAAAAGAAUGGAAACCCACCAGCCCAAAUCUAAAAAAUGCCUUAAUAAAGCAAUAAUAGAAUGUGCUAAUGUGGUGCCUAUACAUACAGAAGCAGAAACAUGUAAACUGCCAGUUUCAGGUCCCAUUUCAGCUGAAAAUCAGUGUCACAUUGACAAAGUAAAUUCAUCUCCUACUGGAUCAGCUUUGUGUCGUAAGAGAAAAAGUGAAGUACAUGUAGGAAAUAGUAGAGUUACAGCUCCAGUGUAUGGAGAAGAAGUGGAAAGAAAAAGACCUCUGACAUCUAACAUGGACAAUCAAAUGCAUACAACGAUGAGAUCAUCAGCCUUCAAACCCACAAAUCGAGAGAGAGUAGGGCAGAGAAAGAAAGCUGGUUCUUCACUUCAGAAAGCAUCUAAAGCGACCAAGAGAAUUAGUAAACCCAUCCUUGGAUUGGCCCAGUCUCACCUGACAUUUGUGAAACCACUGAAAACAGCCAUCCCUAGGCACCCAAUGCCUUUUGCUGCUAAAAACAUGUUUUAUGAUGAACGUUGGAAGGAGAAGCAGCAACGAGGUUUCACAUGGUGGUUAAAUUUUUUACUUACCCCAGAUGACUUCAGUGUGAAAACAAAUACCUCAAAAGUAAAUGCAGCUGCUCUUAUCCUGGGAGAAGAGAACCAUCAUAAAAUGAGCCUUCCUAAAGCACCAACUAAAGAUGAAGCAUCUCUGAAAGCUUAUACAGCUCAUCGUAAGCUGAAUAAGUUACGCCGUGAAGCUUGUCGUCUGUUUACCUCUGAGACAAUGGUUAAAGCUAUCAAGAAAUUGGAAGUUGAGAUUGAAAGUAGGCGCUUGCUAGUUCGUAGAGACAGACACCUCUGGAAGGACAUAGGGGAGAGGCAGAAAGUGCUUAACUGGCUUUUAUCUUACAACCCGUUAUGGCUGCGUAUAGGGCUUGAGACUGUUUAUGGAGAGCUGAUAGCUUUGGAGAGUAAUAGUGAUGUUAUGGGUUUAGCACUAUUUAUCCUUAAUCGCUUGCUUUGGAACCCUGAGAUUGCAGCUGAGUACAGACAUCCCUCUGUGCCUCACCUUUACCGAGAAGGUCAUGAAGAAGCUUUGUCAAAAUUCACACUGAAGAAAUUGCUGUUGUUAGUUUGCUUUCUGGAUUGUGCCAAACGGUCCAGAAUGAUUGCCCAUGACCCUUGCCUCUUUUGUAAGGAUGCAGAGUUUAAGGCUAGCAAAGACCUUUUGCUUGCGUUUUCUCGAGACUUCCUGAGUGGUGAAGGUGACCUUUCUCGCCAUCUCGGUUUCUUAGGACUACCUGUCAGUCAUAUUCAGACUCCACUUGAUGAAUUUGAUUUUGCUGUGAGCAAUCUGGCUGUGGACUUACAGUGUGGCAUUCGUCUUGUGAGAGCAAUGGAGCUUCUGACCAAAAACUGGAAUCUUUCUAAGCAACUGAGAGUGCCUGCAAUAAGUCGUCUACAGAAGAUGCAUAAUGUUGACAUUGCCCUUAAAGUCCUUAAAGAGCGAGGAAUUCACUUGAAAGAUGAAAGUGGCUCUUUAAUUGACUCCAGAGAUAUUGUGGAUAGACACAGAGAACGAACACUAGCACUUCUGUGGCAAAUGGUCUUUGCCUUCCAGGUGGAUGUUUUUCUGAAUGUGGAACAGUUAAAAGAAGAAAUUGAGUUUUUGAAGAACGCACACAAGAGAAAAGCACGUUUGGGUGCUUUCAAGACUUUUUCAAAUUGUUCUGGAGUAAAAGAAGACAGUAGUAGCUCCUCUCCUCAGGGUCACAGUGAAAAUGUAAAGCUGCUGAUGGCAUGGGUUAAUGCUGUUUGUGGAUUUUACAAUAUCAAGGUGGAAAAUUUCACAGUGAGUUUCUCAGAUGGCAGAGUAUUAUGUCACCUGAUUCAUCAUUAUCAUCCAUGUUACGUGCCUUUGGAAGCUGUGUGCCAACAGACAACUCAAACAGUCGAAUGCUCAAGAACUGUUACAGUGGGACUGAACUCUUCCACCUCAUCAGAUUCUGAUGCUUCUCUAAAUGUUACGGAAGGAAUGUUUGACCAAAGUGAGUUAUUUGCCCUAUACAAGGAACUCUUGGACAAUGAAAAGAAAAACUUCCAGUUGAUCAGUGCUGCAGUUUCUGACCUAGGUGGAAUACCAGCAAUGAUUCAUUACUCAGACAUGUCAAACACAAUUCCUGAUGAGAAGGUUGUUAUUACCUACCUGUCAUUUCUGUGUUCGCGGCUUCUAGAUCUUCGGCAGGAAACUCGAGCUGCACGGUUAAUUCAGUCUGCUUGGAGGAAUUACAGGCUGAAAAGGGAACUGAAACUUUCUCAGGAAAGAGACAGAGCUGCUCGGAUAAUUCAAAAAUCUGCAAUAAACUUCUUGUCUCGUCGCCGCAUCCUGAGGAAAACGAACGCAGCAGUUUUCAUCCAGAAGCACUGGAGAGGAUACUUGGCAAGGAUGAUUUUAUUAAACCUAAAAAAGGCAAAACUGGAGGAAGCCAGAAGUAAAUCUGCCACAGUCAUUCAGGCUUAUUGGAGGAGAUACUCUGCUAGGAAAAGAUAUUUACAGCUAAGAUACUAUGUUAUUUUUGUACAAGCAAGGAUAAGGAUGGUACAGUCUGUUGCUGCAUAUAAACGAAUUGUUUGGGCUGCUGUCACAAUUCAGAGGCAUCUCCGUGCAUCUAAGUUGGCAAAAGAAGAUCAGCAAAGAUACAAAAUCUUAAAGUCUUCAGCACUUACUAUUCAGUCUGCAUUCAGAAGAUGGAGAGAAUACAAAAUGCAACAGAAAAUUAAGGCAGCUUUAGUGCUUCAGACUUAUUUCCGAAAAUGGCAAUCUUCAAGACUGGCUAAAAGAGGAAGUGCUGCUCUUGUCAUACAGUCUUGGUACAGGAUGCACAGAGACCUGAGACAGUAUCUACAGAUUAAGCAAAGUGUUAUCAAAAUUCAGGCUUGGUACAGGUGUCAUCUGGCCAGACGUAUUUACCAGGAACACAGGGCAAAAAUAGUGACAAUUCAGCAGUAUUACAGAGCUUAUAAGCUAGGGAAAAUCCAAAGAGAGUACUACUUGCAGAAACGUGCAGCAGUGAUAGUUCUCCAAGCUGCUUUUAGAGGCAUGAAGGCACGUAAGCUGUACAGGCAAACAAAAGCAGUUUGUGUUAUUCAGUCACUGUGGAGAAUGAAACGAGAGAAACAAAGAUUUUUACAAUUAAAAAAAGCUGUUACUACAUUGCAGUCGCAUGUGAGAAAAUACCAACAGGUAAAAAGAUACAGAGAGAUUAAAAAUGCUGCUUCUGUAAUUCAAACUUGGUACAGGGCACAUGUCUCCUCUAAAAAAGCAGCUGCUGCUUUCCAGAGGAUGCGCCUGGCUGCUAUUGUUCUGCAGUCUGCCUACAGAGGGAUGGAGGCCAGGAAACAGGCUCGUGUGUUGAGAUCUGUGGUCAAAAUUCAGUCAAGUUACCGUGCUUAUGUCAUCCGGAAGAGAUUUAAAACCUUGAAAGAAGCAGCAGUGAGGAUUCAAGCUCUAGUAAAGAUGAGGCAGGCACGUAAACAUUAUUGCGCAUUGAGGGAAGCCACACUUUAUAUCCAGCAAAGGUAUCGGUCUCGUAGGUAUGCUCUUCAGCUUGAAGAGGAUUAUAGGAAGUUGAAGGGAGCUUGCGUAAGGAUUCAGGCUGCAGUUCGUGGCUAUCUUGUCAGGAAACAAAUACAAAAGUGGAGGGAGGCUGCAGUAUUUCUCCAGGCCUGCUACAGAAUGAGAAGGGACCGGCAGUGGUACUUAACCGUCUAUAAUGCUGCCGUUGUCAUUCAGCAGCGUUAUCGUGCGUGCAAAAAGCAGCAGUGUCAGAGGCAGGAAUUCCUGCAAGUCAAAAAAGCAGCUGUGUGCUUACAGGCAGCCUACAGGGGUUAUAAAACACGCCAAAAGCUUAAACUUGAAUACAGAGCUGCUGUUAAAAUUCAGAAUGCUUUUAGAGCUCAUGCUGCACGAAAGAAAUACAAGGCAGUGGUUCAGGCCUCCACUGUGAUUCAGAGGUGGUACAGAAGCUGUAAGAUUGGCAACAGGCAAAGACUGAACUUUCUAAUGACGAGAGCGGCAGUGGUUUCUUUGCAAGCAGCUUUUCGCGGCUGGAAGGUGCGAAAGCAGAUUCAAAGACAGUGUGUUGCUGCUACUGUGAUACAGUCUGCCUUCAGAAAAUACCUGGCUCUGAAAAAAUUCAGGCUUAUGAAGCAGGCUGUGCUAACUAUCCAAAGGCAUUACAGAGCCAGUGUUGUAGGCCAGAAACAACGGCAGGAAUACGUUCGGCUGCGUAACUCUGUAGUGCGUCUUCAGGCAACAUGGAGGGGGAAAACGCUGAGAAAAACAAUUCAGGAGAAACAUUAUUGUGCAACAAUUAUUCAGUCCUAUUACAGAAUGCACGUAAAUCUACUGAAAUAUAAGAAACUAAGACAGGCCACUCUGGUGAUUCAGAAACACUUCAAAGCUUCCUGUAUGAAAAAAACCCAACGUGUGGCUUAUCUGAAAAUAAAGGCAGCUGUGUUAGUCUUGCAGUCUGCUUACCGUGGGAUGGCUGUGAGGAAGCAACUGAACAAACUAAACAAAGCUGCUGCAAUUAUACAAGUUGCCUUCAAGUCUUACCUGGUCAGAAAGGACUAUGAAAGGCUUAGAUCUGCAGUGAUAGUAAUUCAAAGGCGUUAUCGUGCAAAUAUUCAUGCUCAAUGCCAAAAGCAGAGAUAUUUGUCUUUAAGAAGAGCCACAGUCAAAAUACAGGCGGUUUUUAGAGGUGUAAGAGUUAGACGACAGGUUCACCAUAUGCAUCAAGCAGCUAUUUGCAUCCAAGCCGUGUUUAGGAUGCAUCACAUGAAGAUAAAAUAUCAGUCUAUGAGAAUGGCAGCAAUUAGAAUCCAAAGACAAUAUAGAGCAUUUUGUUUAGGCAGAGUGCAACGCAAAAAGUACUUGGAACUAAAGAAGUCUAUUGUUACCCUUCAGGCUGCUUGUAGAGGCAUGAAAGUCCGACAAGACUUAAAAACUGUGCAUCAGUCAGCAGCAAUAAUACAGUCUUACUAUAGAAUGCACAAACAACAGAGAGAUUUCAGAAAAUUGCUGCUGGCAACUCGGCGGAUUCAGCAGUGGUUCCGUGCUUGUAAGGAGCGGAAUGCACAAGUUCACAACUAUCUGAUUAUGAAAAAUGCUGUGCUGUGCAUCCAGGCUGCGUUCCGUGGCAUGCAGACAAGAAGACUUAUAAGAACUAUGAGUGAAUCAGCUGUGAUUAUUCAAAGAAGAUAUAGAACUUUUCUCCAAAGAAAACGUUUUCUUUCCAUGAAGGCAGCUGCUGUUGUAAUUCAGAGGAAAUACAGAGCAACAAAACUAGCAAAAAUUCAACGUCAAAAAUAUCUCUCUUUCCUCAAUGCUGCUGUUGUCAUACAGUCUGCUUAUAGAGGCUUUGUGGUAAGGAAAGAAAUGCAGCGAAUGAAUCAAGCUGCUACAGUUAUUCAAGCAAUGUUCAGAAUGCAUAAAAUUUACACUUAUCAAGCUGCCAGGCUUUCUAAAGCAACCAGUUCAGCAGUUACUAUUCAGAGGUGGUACAGAUCGUGGCACAAGGUUCGUUUACAGAGAGCAGAGUAUUCUGCUCAAAGACAAGCAAUAGUGGUUAUACAGGCUGCCUUCCGUGGUAUGAAAGCAAGAAAAAUGGCAAGGCAAAUACGAGCUGCAAGAAAGAUCCAGUCUUUUCUUCAGAUGGCCGUGCAGCGUAGAAAAUACUUUCAACUUAGAACAGCAGCUAUUACGUUACAAGCCUAUUACUUAAUGUAUAAAACUAAAUCACAGUACAGAAGCUAUAAAAAAGCAGCAGUUGUCUUACAGCGAUGCUACCGAUCCCACCUGGCUGUGAAACACCAAAGAACCACUUACUUACAAACCCGGAGGAACAUUAUCAUUGUGCAGGCUAGAGUCAGAGGAUUCAUUGAAAGGAAGAGGUUUCACAGGAUUAAAGAAAGCACAGUAAAGAUUCAGGCAUCUCUCCGUGGAUUUAUUCAGAGACAGAAGUACCUUCAGUGCAAGUUUUCUGCAGUAAUAAUACAGCAGCACUACAGAGCCCAUCGAAUGCGAAAUAUUGACCAGCAAAGAUACCAUCAAAUGAAAAAUGCUGCCAUUAGCAUUCAGGCAGCAUAUAGAGGAUAUAAAGCCAGGCAGUGGGUUAACAGAGUGAAAGCAGCACAAGUAAUCCAAGCUUGGUUUCGAGGCUACACAGCACGAAAGGAAUAUGCAUCUGUGGUAAAAGCUACACGAGUUAUUCAGAGUCACUUUAGAACGAAGCAGCUGCGGACCUGGUUUUUGAAAAUGAAGUUCUGUGCACUUACCAUCCAAAGAAGAUGGAGAGCGACCCUUACUGCACGGAGGGUUCGGCAUCAGUUUCUGGAGCUUCAGGCUGCAUGUUUGAUCCAAAAAACAUAUAGAGGUUUCAAGGCAAGAAGGACAUUUGUUCAACAGAAAGCUGCUGCUGUAGUUAUCCAAAAACAUCUGCAGGCUUGGCAAGAAGGCAGGCUUCAAUUUGUGAAAUACAGUAAGACUAGAAGAGCUGUCAUUAAACUGCAAGCACUUAUAAGAGGCUAUUUAAUCAGAAAAAAGAUUUUAGAACAGAAACAAAAGAUGAGACUACUUUGUUUUGCAGCAGCUGCAUAUCAUCAUAUCUCUGCAAUUAAAAUUCAAAGGGCAUACAGGGUUCACCUCAUCUUAAAACUUGCACAAAACCAAAUCUCAUCCAUUCUUAUAAUCCAGAGAUGGUUCCGAGCAAAAAUGCAACAAAAGAGAUUUCUAAGAGAUUAUCAAAGAAUCCUUCGAUUGCAACGUGCGAUUCGGCACUGGUUACAUCGCAGAAAUGAUGCAGCAACCAUAAUCCAGCGAAACAUGCGGAGAUUCCUUGCCUGCAGGCGUAGGAGAAAGUUUGCAGUUGGAAUAGUUAAAUUUCAGGCAUUGUGGAGAGGAUAUUCUUGGAGAAAGAUGAAUGACACAGCAAAAACUAAAGCUUUAAGACGCAGUUUGGAAAAGGCUAAUGAAAAGAGCAGAGAAGAAAACAAAUUGUACAACAGAACUGCAGCUGCAAUCGAACACCUUCUGAAAUACAAACAUCUCUCUUACAUCCUCGCAGCAUUGAAGCAUCUUGAGGUGGCUACCAGGUUGUCUCCCCUGUGUUGUGAGAAUAUGGCCCAGAGCAGAGCAAUCUUUACUAUUUUUGUUCUGAUUCGAAGCUGCAACCGGAGUGUUCCGUGCAUGGAUGUGAUCAGAUACUCAGUUCAGGUUCUACUUAAUGUUUCAAAGUAUGAAAAAACUACUCAAGCAGUUUAUGAAGCAGAAAAUUCUAUAGAUACAUUACUGGACCUUCUGCAAAUGUACAGAGGGAGAGCUGGGGACAGAGUUUCAGAGAAAGGAGAAAGCAUUUUCACGAAGACCUGUUGUUUGUUGGCCAUCCUUUCAAAGGAUUCAAAAAGAGCUUCAGAAAUUCGAGGCAUGCCAAGAACUGUUACUUGCAUUCAAAGCCUGUAUAAACUUACAGCUCGGAAACACAGAAUGGAUGCAGAGAGAACUCUUGUGAAGCAGAAAACAAAGGCUGCCUUGGGUGGAAGUUGCCUUGUUCCAACUCCUCUAAGAAUAAAAACAGUUUCAAGAAUUAAACCAGACUGGGUCUUGAGGAAAGAUAACAUGCGAGAAAUUGUGGAUCCUCUGCAAGCAAUUCUGCUGGUGAUGGACACUCUUGGUGUUGCCUGCUACUGA